UGCUGCUCCGGCAUCAUGUCCGACAAUGAGAUGGCGACAAUGAAAGAGUCGCAAGCUGUGUUCAAGAAGCUUCUCCAGGACCCUGCCAACAAGGUCUGCUUCGACUGCAACACCAAGUCGCCGACGUGGUCGUCGGUCACGUUUGGCGUGUAUCUGUGCAUCGACUGCUCGGCCAUCCACCGCAACAUGGGAGUGCACCUUACGUUUGUGCGGUCGACGCAGCUCGAUCUGUGGAGCUACAAGCAGCUGAAGAUGAUGCAAGUGGGCGGGAACCAGAAGGCUGCGACGUUUUUCCGCAAGCACGGCAUGGCCAACGAGACCAAGCACCUGAAGAAGUACUCGUCGCGCGCCGCCAUGAUGUACAAGGAAGCACUCAAGGCUGAGGCGGCGAAGCUGCCGUCGGCAUUCACGACGGCAAUCAAGGCCGAGGCCGAGGCGCCCGAGGCGCCGUCGAACAACUCGGUCGACUUUUUCGAGGCCGCCUUUUCUGAGGCCAACUGGUCGCCGCGGGUCGGCGGUUCGACGACUCCGUCGCCGGCAUCGUCGUUGGCGGCGUCGGGCACAACCUCACCGGUGCCAGCGUUUCCGACCGAGACGACCGCGACCGCGACCGCGACCGCGCCGGCCGCCUCGGCGGCCGACGGCUCGGCCGCCUUUGCCGCUAUCGGCACGGCUCCGGCAGCGUCCGGCUCGGCGCAGCCGUCGCUGCUGACGGCCUCGUCGCUUGGGUCCAAGCCGCGCGCCCGCCGCAACCGCUCGCGCCUCGGCGCCAAGAAGCUCGGCGCGAGCAAGGCGGGCGGCCUCGGCGCGCGCCCGGUCGCCUCGCUCGGCGCCCAGAAGGUCGCUGUCGCCUCGUUUGACGACAUCCAGGAGGCCAAGGCCGCUCCGCCGCCGGCCACCCCGCCGCCGACCUCAUCGUCGCUCUUUGGGUCGUCGGCCGCUGCCGCCGACGCCGGCCACCCAUCCGCCCUCUCUAUGACCACCUCCACCACUGCCGCGUCCGGCGCUGCGGCCUCGGUCUCCGAGUCUGCCGCCGCCGCCGCCCGCGCCGCUGAGGAGGAGGAGCGCCGCAAGCUCAUGUUCGAGCGCAUUUCGGCCAUGGGUACCACCGACACCCGAACCUCGUUUGACGACAAGAAAAAGGCCGCAAAGUCGGUCUCGUCGGUCGAUAACGCGCCCAACAUUGCUCGCGCCCGCUUCGGCAACGCCACUUCGAUCUCCUCCUCCGACUUUUUCGAGGACCAGAUGGAGCCGUCAGCCCAUGCAACGCGCAUCUCGCAGUUCUCUGGCGCUGCCGCCAUCUCCUCGGACGCCUACUUUGGCCGCGAGUCGUCCGCCGCAGCCGCCGGCGGCGCCGACCCGUCGGCGUCGGACCUUGCCGCCCGCCUGGCCUCGCAGGCCAAGUCCGACAUCUCCUCGCUCGGCACCCAGCUCUCGUCGUUCAUCAACGACAUCCAGACAAGGUAUGCGUAACGCAGUGUUGUCUGCCACUCGUACCGCCGAUAAAGUAGUCUCUGCCCCG